AUGGCUGACGUCGCCGUUGAGAAUCCCGCCAACAACGUGGCAAUCCACAAGCGCUCUGCACCAGCAGAUUCAGUACCCAUCAUAGAUUCAUUAGAGGGAACCGGUAAUGACAGCGGCGAUGAAUAUGCUACCUUGAAACGCCUCCAAAGGCAUCUAGAGUACAUUCAUCUCCAAGAGGAGUACAUCAAAGACGAGCAAAGGAGUUUAAAAAGAGAAUUAGUACGAGCCCAAGAAGAGAUCAAGCGGAUACAAAGUGUUCCUCUGGUAAUCGGCCAGUUCAUGGAAGCUAUCGAUCAGAAUACUGGAAUUGUACAAUCGUCAACCGGUUCUAACUACGUCGUCCGCAUCCUUUCCACCCUUGACCGAGAGAAGUUAAAGCCAUCGUCAUCCGUUGCUUUGCAUAGGCACUCAAACUCACUCGUCGAUAUUCUCCCACCCGAAGCGGAUUCGUCUAUUGCGAUGCUAGGUGCCCACGAGAAGCCGGACGUUACGUAUGCUGAUGUCGGUGGAUUGGAUAUGCAGAAACAAGAGAUCAGAGAGGCCGUGGAACUGCCGCUUACACAUACCGACCUUUAUCAGCAGAUUGGUAUUGAUCCUCCCCGUGGUGUAUUGCUCUAUGGUCCCCCAGGUACCGGAAAGACCAUGUUGGUCAAGGCGGUGGCGAACAGCACAACAGCCAGUUUCAUCCGUGUUGUCGGCUCCGAAUUUGUUCAGAAAUACCUGGGAGAAGGUCCUCGUAUGGUCCGCGAUGUCUUCCGUAUGGCUCGUGAAAACUCGCCGGCCAUUAUUUUCAUCGAUGAGAUCGACGCCAUUGCCACCAAGCGUUUUGAUGCUCAAACCGGAGCGGAUCGUGAAGUGCAGCGUAUUCUUCUAGAACUUUUGAACCAGAUGGACGGUUUCGACCAAGGUAGCAAUGUCAAGGUCAUCAUGGCCACCAAUCGAGCAGAUACACUAGAUCCCGCCCUGCUACGACCAGGUCGUCUUGACCGCAAGAUUGAAUUUCCUUCUCUCCGGGAUCGCCGCGAGCGUCGUCUGAUCUUCACAACUAUUGCAGCUAAAAUGUCUCUCUCGCCCGAGGUGGAUUUAGAUUCGUUGAUUGUGCGAAACGAGCCUCUAUCCGGUGCUGUUAUUGCCGCCAUCAUGCAAGAAGCCGGUCUACGUGCUGUCCGCAAGAACCGUUACAACAUCAUCCAGUCUGACCUGGAAGAUGCAUAUUCCAGCCAAGUCAAGACUAGCCAGGAAGCUGAUAAAUUCGAUUUCUACAAGUGA